AUGGAAAGAAUAGAGUCGAUUUUAAUCAUUAUAGAUAUUAUAUUAAAAUGUGUAGGUGGUGAUAGAUAUUUGUUAUCAUUCCCUUACAUGUUGGUUUGCAAGAAAUGGUAUCAAAUAUUUCAAAGUGAUGAAUUUUGGAGAAGUCUAUGUUUGGCGAGAUGGACAAGUUUAUCAUUACUAGAAGAUGAUUUUCAAAUCAGUACUUUUGAAGAUAAUGCCAACAGUGACAAUAAAUCAAGUAAAAAUCAAAAUCCGGAUGACGAUGACAAAGAACCCUUGGGAUCUUAUUCGCAUACAACUUUUAAAUAUCGUCGCAUCAAGGUCAAAUGUUGGAAAGAUCUUUUCAAAUCAAGAUUCAAUAGGACUCUUCAUCUAAGAUUUCUCAACACUAGAUUUAUACCAAAAUACCUGGAAUAUGUAAAAAACAUUGAAGAAAGUUUAGUGCAUCCAAUAGGAAUGGUAAAGAAAAUGGAAUCAUUGGAUGAAACAUCUUUGGAUGACUUUCGAAAGGACAACGAUAUAGAAUCAUUAUUUCUUUUAGAGUCUGUUGUCUAUUACUCUAUUUACGUGAGAAUUGUAGAUACCAAACAUUACUAUGCUAGCUAUUUGACGAUUUCUGGAAGUUUAAUGUCCUAUACCGGAAAGAAAAUUGAAUUUCUAUUAGACUUUUCAUCAGACGAAGGUUCAGAUAUUUCUAUUGGAUCAAUUAGAAAAUCUGAUUUUAGAGCCGCUCUUCCCGAUCAUUUUUGGGAAUCAGUUCAACAACAUAUUCAAUCUAAAUCAAUGUCUAUUGAUGAUCUCAAAUAUCUAUUUGAAAAAAUACUUUUACCUCGAGACGACAUGGAUAUUGGCAUUAAAAUAUUUCAUGCUCCAAACAAAUACAUAAAAUUUCAAGUUUAA